AAAGAAAAGAACACAUACAUAAACUUUUAUGAGGCAGGUGCAACUUGCAAGUGGAGCCCUCUCCAUAGAAACAGCUAAAACUACAAGGAACCUUGGCUCGUUAACACAUCGAUCGUGGCAUAAUAAUGGUCGAUGGUCAUUUCAGUGUUUGUAUAUAUAACAACUUGGUAACGGUACGUCUCAAAUUUGACAUGCAUCUCUCUCUUACUGUAUUUAUUAGAGAUUGGAUAAGAUCAUCCAAAUCCCAGCUGCAAUACUCAUGGUUAAAUCCGUGUCCGAGAAACACUGUAAUCUGGCAAACAAUUUCGAUCAGGUCUAUUCACUUGUCCCACCCCCCCACUAAAACAGUACACUCCAGUUGUUGCUAUGUCGAUAUUUAUUUAGAUUUUGCAUGAGCUGUAUUCCCAAAUAAAUUACAAAGUAUCAGAUUGUUCUUUUCUAUAACCUUUCUUUUCCCUCGAAAGUUUUCUCCUUCAACCUAUAAUGGCAACAUCUCAAGAAUCUUCAGUUCUUGAACUUAUUAGCCAGUAUCUUCUUGGAGACUUCCCUUCUGCUGAUAUCUUCUUUUGCAAUCUUGAUUCCACUCUUGCUCAUCCUAAUCUCCGACCUGUCAAGCUCGAAAGUGACAACUGUCCAGCAUCAAGCCCCGAACCAAAAUCCCCUGUAUCUGACUUGAUUCAGUAUGCACAUGACGCGAAACCUGAAGUCGUCGAGCCAACACCUCCACAACCUUUAGGUUUGGCUUCGCGGCCGAUUAAUCGGCAGUCUCCACCGCCAGACUCCAACGCGAGGGAUGAUGAAGAAGAGAAGAGGCAUUACCGAGGGGUGAGAAGAAGACCGUGGGGAAAGUUCGCGGCUGAGAUUCGCGAUCCAAACCGAAAGGGAAGUAGGGUUUGGUUAGGAACUUUCGAUAGAGAUGUUGAUGCUGCUAAAGCUUAUGAUUGUGCUGCAUUCAGAAUGAGGGGUAGGAAGGCUAUCUUGAAUUUUCCUUUGGAGGCUGGACUGGCUGAUCCGCCCAAGAACACCGGCCGUAAGAGGAGGAGAGUGAAGAGAGCGGACGUGGAAGAGAUGCCGGAAUCUGGUGAGGAAUCGCCGGAGAUAUGGAGUCCGGGAGAGGAGGGAGUUUCUUAUGGGGAUGAACUAUGUCAUUUAUCCACAAAACCAGCUUUGCUUACUUGCUAGUAGAUGAUUGCUUGAGAAUUUAGUAAUGGCCCCACAAUCAAACGACAUUACCACCUUCUAUGUGUUUUAGUGCCAAGAAAACUUGUGUCCAUAAUAAAUUCUAGAAAAGAAAAAUUCUGUGUCUAAUGUACAGUAAUACUCCAUUUAUGGAUCAAAGAAGAGUUUAAUGUUUA